AUGCAGAUUUUUGUGAAGACUUUAACGGGUAAAACAAUAACACUUGAAGUUGAACCAUCAGAUACUAUUGAAAAUGUAAAGGCUAAGAUUCAAGAUAAAGAAGGAAUUCCACCUGAUCAACAAAGAUUAAUUUUUGCUGGGAAACAACUUGAGGAUGGUCGGACUUUAUCUGAUUAUAAUAUUCAGAAGGAAUCAACUCUUCAUUUAGUUUUACGUUUAAGAGGUGGUAUGCAGAUUUUUGUGAAGACUUUAACGGGUAAAACAAUAACACUUGAAGUUGAACCAUCAGAUACUAUUGAAAAUGUAAAGGCUAAGAUUCAAGAUAAAGAAGGAAUUCCACCUGAUCAACAAAGAUUAAUUUUUGCUGGGAAACAACUUGAGGAUGGUCGGACUUUAUCUGAUUAUAAUAUUCAGAAGGAAUCAACUCUUCAUUUAGUUUUGCGUUUAAGAGGUGGUUCUUGCAAUUAA